UUUUCUUUAAAAAAAGGGGUAAAUGAUAGAGAUGGAUUCCGCUCAAAAAAUGCGCAGAUGCCAUGAAUAUGUCGAAGCUUUAGAAGAAGAACGACGUAAAAUUCAAGUCUUUCAACGCGAACUUCCUUUGUGUUUGGAGCUUGUUACCCAAGCCAUUGAGACAUGCAAGAGAGAGAUAUCUGGUGGUUCGACCACGACUGAUUACAUGCAAGGGCAUUCGGAUUGUUCGGAGCAGACAACUAGUGACGUUCCGGUUUUGGAAGAAUUUAUUCCGAUUAAGAAAGGCUCUGAUUGCUACGAGGAAUACGAUGAACAAGAAUCGCAUAAAUCAAAAGAAGAGAAUGUCCCUGCUGCCGUUGAUCACACGAGGAAAUCCGAUUGGCUUAGAUCCGUUCAGCUGUGGAAUAACAACAAUCAAUCCCCAGAUCUACCCUCGAAUGAGGAUGCUGGUAAUAAUGGAAGCGCAGUGGAAGUGAAGAAACACGGUGGAGCAUUCCAACCGUUCCAGAGAGAGAAAACUGCAGAAAGAAGUGUUCAAUCAUCUGUGGUAGCAAAAAACAAUGCCUCAGCUACAAGUACUUCAACAACAGAAAGUGGAAGUAGAGGUGGUGGAGGAGAAGCCACUAAUGGAAACUCUAGUAAAAAAGAUGAAAAGGAAGGUCAGCCUUCGAGAAAGCCAAGACGGUGUUGGUCGCCGGAGUUGCAUCGGCGCUUCUUGCAUGCUCUCCAGCAACUCGGCGGUUCACACGUUGCCACCCCAAAGCAGAUUAGGGAGCUGAUGAAGGUUGAUGGACUUACAAAUGAUGAAGUUAAGAGCCAUUUACAGAAAUACAGAUUGCACACAAGGAGACCGAGUCAAUCCGUUCGACGCAACGCCAAUCUGCAAGCACCUCAGUUAGUGGUAGUCGGAGGCAUAUGGAUCCCUCCACCAGAAUAUGGCACAAUGACUUCAACAGCGACGACGACAUCGACAAAAACCGCCACUGUGACGCCAACCAGUGCAAUCUACACCCCGAUAGCCACUCCGUUGCCCGCACUUGCUCAACCAUUAGGAACAACGGUGCAAAGACCGCUAGCAUCAUAUUCUGAAGAAAGGGGUAGCCAUAGGGAAGGGGGAGUUCAUUCAAGUUCACCUUCAACGUCUUCAUCUACCCACACUGCCACUGAUUCACCAGCGCUUUAGGUCUCAUGACAUUGAGGAUAUGGUGUACAAAUUUUUGUAAGAAAAACCUACUGGGUAGGCAGUUCUAUAUAUGAUAUAU